UGGGUGUCAAGUCUACUACACUAUAAAUCCAAGAUAAUCCUAGGGGAAGUUUAGACUUUAGCACAACCGAAGAUUCAGCAAGAUUUAUGCCUGAUAACUGGUUGUUCAUACUUUUCAUCGUGGUAUCGUGGCACUUAGAGAUCCGCCGGGUUGUACCUCUACGUUCGACAGUUGACAAGCUUCUACCCCUCAACUCAUGGCAUCUGAUUAAUAGACACGUAGCGUAUACCACUAGGGCACCGUGCUGGCGCUGCCAUACUUACUGGAAAAAGGAUCGAGUAUAUUCUUUACAGAAUGAGUGGACUGAAAAACAAAAUUGCAAUGCACGGUUAUUUGCGAUUCAGCUAUUUUGACUGACAUGGGGUGAUAUGACAAAUCUAGAGAAAAGACAGGAUGCAUAGUUCAAAGGACGUUCGACUGUCGUAGCGUACGGAUGUGUCUGUGAGUGCUCUGCAAAACAGCAAAUCUUGUCUCCAACGUAAACAAGCCUUCACUCUACGGUCCCCCAAAACCCCCUCGGUCCGCGAUAGGUCUUGAUCGACCAGGCCUAGGUCUGGAUCGACCCUCGAUCGGUCUAGACCGACCUCCAAUGGGACUUGAUCGAGGACUGGAUCGGCCUCCAAUGGGUUUGGAACGUCCCCCACUUGGACCAGAUCGUCCAACUAACAUCGACAGAGCUGAAAUUCGCACGGCUCUACAAAAUUGGCAGAUGGGACUGCAGGAGAAAAGUAAUGACAAGUUGAAGGCGCAACAACAACAGCAACAGUUUGCGGGGGCUCUGUUGAGAAGUAGUAGGAGUUUAGGGGAUGGCAAACCUGCAGUACAGCCAGAAUCCGUACAGGUGCCGCCAGUCCCCGUGCAAGCUUCUCAAGUGUACCCUCAAAAGAAGCCCAAUGUGAGGCGGAGAGAACCAAGGAGGCACACUCUACAGAACGGCAUCGACUACAACAUGUUGAAGAGGAUGAAGCAGAUUGAGCAGGAGAAAGAGGUCCUUAUGCAAGGGCUGAACGCUGUAGAAAAAGCCAGGGAUUGGUACUUGAAGCAGGUAGCAAUAGUACAGGAAAAAAUGAAGUAUUUGGGCAGAAUGGGACAUUUGGAACACUGGUCCGAAGCCCAACAAGAACGGAUAGAGCUACAACGUGCCCGCGUUUUGGAAGUGAACAGACACUUGGCCGCGCUAACCGAAAGUUGGGAACGCGGCGGACUGCCCCUGCAUAUGAACCUUGCGGUGCACCAUUUUCCGUUGCCUAUGCAACAGGACAUGGCGGACAGGUUGAAGCAGCAAAACAGGCUACUUACGGAGCUCAAAGAUAAAAUCAGGGAAAGAAGGGAGCCAGUUAAACUGGACAACUUGAGGUAAGCAAGAAGAGUGAAAGGAUUGCAGCGCUAGAAAGGGAGAAGACUAAUCUUCUUCAAAUUCUCCAACUGAGGUCACCAAACACUGCCAGGAAUAAUGGAACAGAAGAAGCUGUAUUUUAAACAUAAAUAAAUUGUAGUUUAGUUAGUUUAUUUCUGAUAAUAAAACACGAGCAGGGGUACAUUCUUCAAUUUGUUUUAUGAUAUUGUUCAGAAUGGUAAAAUAAGCAAUUUCCUUAUAAGUAGUCCAUGAAUAAAAUCAGAAACUAUUGUGAUGUGAUUUGUGACAGAGUAGUUAUAAUUUUAAGUUACCUUUAUAGGACAUUUUAUAAAAAUUUAUAGCAUUGCAUAUAUUGAUUGGAAAACGUUUAUUUUUAUCUCAGAUAUCAAAACGGAAUGUGUUAUUUAUUACAUGACAUUUUCAUCUAUCUCAUUACACUUAAGUGCCAUUUAUAACGAAAAUUUUAUAUAUUUACAAC